AUGGAAUCAACAGUUCAUGAUUUUUACCUUCACUUGAACGAAUUCCAUAUCUCCAGGAUGACCCAUUUUUUACCGCUCGUGUUUGCAUUUUGCUUGGGAGCGGUGGUACCUGCUUUGAGCUAUCCGGAGGCAGCUUUCGCACCGCCAGCUCAGCCCUGUCUUGCGCCCUUGCAAUGGGAGGGCAGAUCCGUCGAAUAUGACCACAGCACUGGGCGGAAUACACGGGCCACGGUGUCGUAUGAUGCACAGAACCAGAGAAUAAGGCUUCUUCAACAGAAUAAAAAACAUACACCAUGCCAGAAGUAAGCAGGCUACUUUGAAACAUUCGUUUUUAUUCACGAAUAGCGUUUGUCCAACUAGUGAGGUCAAGUAAACAAAGAUUAGGCAUUGUGAAUACUGAUGAUGGCCGCUACCAAGCGUCCAUAUGGCUUGAUCUGUCCUUCUACCAGUGUGAUUGCAGACCCAAAUAGACAAUAACAGAAAAAUUCUGGAACAAACAUAUCCAAUCUAAGACUUUUUGUGUGAUAUUGAACCUCUACCAACAUAAUAAGUAAUAAGACUAUAAAUGUUUUUAUAUGUAUAUUUUAAAUAAUAAGCAUAUGUGUUCUUUAUGAACUAGAUUUUUUUGUUUUAUGUCAAGACCUAUGAGUCAGCAUUGUUGCUGACCUUCAUGGAAGAAGUUGAUCCAAUGCCCUGUUCUUUGAUAAUAACCAAGUAAUUAGAUUAUUGUUCAAGGUCUAUCUAUGCUGUGAGAAAAACACUUUUCCUCUUUUUGCUCUGGCGGUUGUCAUUUGUUUUACUUAGGCCUAUUAGGGAAAAUGGCGAGCUUAUCCAAGAACAGGGCAUUGGAUCAACUUCUUCCAUGAAUAGCUACUAUUUACCUAGCUACAGUAUGAUUGAUUCAAAUCACGUGCAUUUUCUCCUGUUAUUACAACUCCUAUUAUUUCCUUUGUUUUGCACGCACUCUCCAGAUACUUUGAGUUUAUCUACCUGUACAACAGUGGCCUGCUGUUCCAGAUCGAGCAGAAGACGAAGCAGUGUUCUAAGAUCGCCUUGACCCAGGCCUGGGACCCCUUUGACAUCCCUAUGAACUCCACCUAUGAGGACCAGUACUUUAUCGGUGGUCCUGGAGACAUGAUCGAGGUGCAGGAGUGGUCAGAUAGGAAACCAGCCCGUAAAAGUAAGUAUGUGCCUUUGAACAGGGUAUGGUAGUAGGUGCCAUGCGGUUUGUGCGUCAAGAACUGCAACGCUGCUGGGUUUUUCACACUCAACAGUUUCCCAUGUGUAUCAAAAAUGGUCCACCACCCAAAGGACAUCCAGUCAACUUGACACAACUGUGGGAAGCAUUGGCGUCAACAUUGGCCAGCGUCCCUGUGGAACUCUUUUGACACCUUGUAGAGUCCAUGCCCUGACGAAUUGAGGCUGUUCUGAGGGCAAAAGUGUGUACAACACAAUAUUAGGAAGGUGUUCCUAAUGUUUUUGCACACUCAGUGUAGCUCCAUUGUGUUACCAGGUGCAUGUAGAAAAACGUUAUACUUAGAAGGAAGCGAAGGUCCCUGAUGAAGUUCCAUUGAAGACCAAAACAUUGGUUUAUAAAUGUUUGGAAGCAUCAAGCUCACCAGUGGGCUGGCGUUUCCAUUAUAUUAUUUAGAACAGGAAAUGCUUCAAUGUUUACUUUUAUUUUCUAAUGUUCAUGUCCAGAGCAAUGUUAAACGCCCACACCAGUAGAAAUCAACUUUUUCAAGCUGAAAGACAAUGGCCAGAGCUUACCCAUGAUGUUGCACAACGAUUUAAGUCUUCUCGACUGAGAUGAGCCAAACAGCCUUGUGUCCACUAGGUCACUUGAGCAAUGGAGCAAAUUAAAUUAGGGGGUGCAAACGUAUGUUUUUGCACUUUUUAUUUUAAUUUUUUUAACCAGAGCAUUAUCAUAAUCAAUUGGGUAAUUUAUAAAUAUUCACUUAUUUUUUUAGCUAGCCUGUAUUAGAAAUAUAUAUGACCAUUUUAUAAAUGCGUGAUAUGAUAGCAUUGUGCAAACCUGCUCCCCUCGUAGCCCCAAGAUGAAUGGUUUUGACCACUAAAGUUUUGUUUCACUACACACUCCACUGCAAUUUAUGGAAGAUGCCAAAACUUUGGAGAUAACAAUAGGCCAGUGUGGCGAAGUUUUCCCUAAAUCAAUGAUUAUGCCAUAGAGCCAGCUGGCUAAUAUUUUGAAUACGGUUUAUAUAAAAAAAAAAAAAAAAACAUGCAACAACCGAUAACAUUAGCUAGCUAGAUAAGGUUAGCACGAUAGCUAGAUACAGUUAGCGUUACAAGCGCCAUGCUCUACCAAUUGAACUACAGAUCAACUCCACAUGGAAAUUCUCACACCCAAUUCGUGAAUAUGUAUAACUAGCCUUCAUCAUUCUUUGGAGGUGGAACCUAAACAUGCAUUUUCUCUCCAGGACAGGACAUUAUUUUGAAAUAGUGGCGGCAACGUGCUUUAAAGAGGAAUUUCUCCCUGGCUCUGCCACAACAUAUAGUCAUUACUAUAUUAACAACAUUAUCCAAAACACAAGUUUGAACAAGUACAUUUUCAUUUCACUGCUAGAAUCGGGAAGUUUUGACUUCCUGUGUAUUCGUCUGCUCAUAAUGAAGAACCCCAAAGUCAGGCAUUCAUAGCGAAUGCAGAUACCGCCCCGCUAAAUAGAUUGGGCGUGCCCACAAAUUUAUGCCGUUGUUUACUUCGAACGACAAACACAAAGUAAUGUGGUCCUCUGUAGCUCAAUUGGUAGAGCAUGGCGCUUGUAACGCCAGGGUAGUGGGUUCGAUCCUCGGGACCACCCAUACGUAAAACAUGACUGUAAAUCGCUUUGGAUAAAAGCGUCUGCUAAAUGGCAUAUUAUUAUUAUCUCAGAACUUCUCUAGGUAAUAAAAAAAGGUGUGUUUGUCAUCAUGCCCGUGUGUUGUUCUGGCUGUCUGUGCUAAUUACAAACAAGCACGAAAAUGAGGUAUCUUUCACCAUUCUACCUGCCAGAGAUUUACCCCGAUGCUGCCAGUGGGUUGCGGCUAUCAAGAAUUAUGCUUACGAUGACCAAAGAUUAUCAGAGUGAUUUUCAGGCUGAACAGAUGGGGAAUCCAUUUUAGACGACAGCUGAGAAGUGAUAUGAUACCAUCGUUUUCUCCCUUCACAACAGAAUGGAAGAUUAUCGAAAGAGGUAACGUAACGUUAGCUGGACUAGGUAAAUUAGCUAGUUAGCGGUUACAGUCCUGUAUUGAACACUGAAAGCCAUCAGCUAAAUCAUUUAGCUAGCUAUCUUUUGAUACACACUGUCAAUCAAUUUCGCCUAUGCCAUGGUAGUCACUGCUAGACUGGUAGCUAGCUACCUUCAGUAGAGUAAACAUGUUUGUCUGUUCAUUCUAUCUUUGACUAACGUUAGCUAACGUAAGCUAGCUAACGUUAACACAUAAGAGUAACUCAAUCUGGUAGUCAUCUAUUUCACCCUUGUCUGGAAAACACUCAGUUACUAAAAAUGUAAUUGUCUAUAUAGCUAACUCACACUCUGUGUGUUGGUAGUAAUGAUGAAUGUGUAUAAAUAGUGUAUGGUUGGUUCUCAUCUUGCUAGCAAUCUUGCUGCCAAUUUAGUGAAGCUGACAAUAUUGAAAUGUCCAUGUUAGGUGUGCUAACUUUGCCAGUCUAAUAGAGAUCAAUGCAAUUAGUGGGGUGGUUAAAUUGUGUAUCAUUGUGUGUUUUGUUGUAGGUGGUACAUAAUCUGAUUCCACCAGCCUGUGUUUCCAACCCCUAGCUCUGCAUAAAUUGAAGGUAAGUUGGCAAAAAAUAUUUACAAGCUGAUGGCUAAGAUAGCUCAAUUUACAGUAAGCAUGGCAUAAACAUGAAUUGGGUAGUGUUUGAAUGGGUUUGUGUUAUGGGGUUAAGGAUGGUUAGAUGUAGCCUGAGCGCCACAGAGUACCUUCCAGGACCCAUGGAAUCCAAUUUUGAGUCUACCCCCCUUUUCCUCUCUUUUUACCAUUUCUCUUUGUAAAAUCAGGUAUCUGGAGGCAUUCCACAUGCCCUGAUGAAAAAUACCCCUCAAGUGGGUACACGAGCAUGGACGGGAGGGGACACCUUGCAUUGAUGGAGACACAAGAUUGUGGGAUCAAAAACGAGAAAAGACACUGUAUAAAAUCAAGACUACAACAGUAAUGACAAAACCCACAAGUCAGUCUUAUCUAUGCAGAUUCUGAAAAGACAAUACAAAGACACGUCUACAAAAAUCCCCUGCUACUAUUGACAAGAAUGAUCCUCAAUCUCCCAUACACCACAAUACAUAUUGUGUAAGAACUUCUGGGGCGGCAGGUAGCUUAGUGGUUAGGCGUUGGCCAGUAAUCGAAUUCGUGUUAUAAUCCCGAGCAGACUGUGAAAAAUCUGCCGAUGGCCUGACAGGACUAACCCUUGCAUGAGUCCUCGAUAAGCGCUGCUAAGGACGUAUAUGUUGACUGAUCUUUCCUCUCAAAAGCAGCUCCCAAUGGCCCUCAUUGUCCCUAAACAAUGCACUAGUCUGUCUCUAAACACCUAUGUCCCAAUCGGUUGACACCUUUACCAACAAAGGCAUUGCCCUACGUCCCUUCCACAAAAAGUGUAAAAUGGUAACACCACAACCAUAUCUUUCCAGGAGAUGUGCAGUACCAGCAAACCUUCUGCAAGAGGUCCAAACAGUUGGUGGUUAAGGUCUACGAGCCCUACACCACUUCCGGCAGUCUUAUCCAGCUGGCCGUACACUGCAGACGGGACAAGACCAUUCGCCACAAGCGUUCUGCUUCCACAGCCCACCAUGCCUACACCAUUGCCAGUGUACCGAAGUUGGAUAAAGGACCAUAAAAUAAAAAUAUAUAUUUUCGAUCAAUCCUUGAAAUUUGUAUACCUUUAUGGAUUCACAGAAUAUAUUUAUAUAAGCUGUACAGGGCUCUGUAGCAUCAAACAGAUGUUAGACAUUUAGAUACAGUUGAAGUCGUAAGUUUACAUACGCUUAGGUUGGAGUCAUUAAAACUAGUUUUUCAACCACUCCACACAUUUCUUGUUAACAAACUAUAGUUUUGGCAAGUCGGUUAGGACAUCUACUUUGUGCAUGACACAAGUAAUUUUUCCAACAAUUGUUUACAGACAGAUUAUUUCACUUAUAAUUCACUGUAUCACAAUUCCAGUGGGUCAGAAGUUUACAUACACUAAGUUGACUGUGCCUUUAAACAGCUUGGAAAAUUCCAGAAAAUAAUGUAAUGGCUUUAGAAGGUUCUGAUAGGCUAAUUGACAUAAUUUGAGUCAAUUGGAGGUGUACCUGUGGAUGUAUUUCAAGGCCUACCUUCAAACUCAGUGCCUCUUUGACAUCAUGGGAAAAUCCAACGAAAUCAAACCAAGACCUCAGGGGGAAAAAAUGUAGACCUCCACAAGUCUGGUUCAUCCAUGGGAGCAAUUUCCAAAUGCCUGAAGGUACCACGUUCAUCUGUACAAACAAUAGUACGCAAGUAUAAACACCAUGGGACCAUGCAGCUGUCAUACCACUCAGGAAGGAGAUGCGUUCUGUCUCCUAGAGUUAACGUACUUUGGUGCGAAAAGUGCAAAUCAAUCCCAUAACAACAGCAAAGGAUCUUGUGAAGAUGCUGGAGGAAACAGGUACAAAAGUAUCUAUAUCCACAUUAUGAGUCCUAUAUCGACAUAAGCUGAAAGGCCGCUCAGCAAGGAAGAAGCCACUGCUCCAAAACCGCCAUAAAAAAGCCAGACUACGGUUUGCAACUGCACAUGGGGACAAAUAUUGUACUUUUUGGAGAAAUGUCCUCUAGUCUGAUGAAACAAAAAUAGAACUGUUUGGCCAUAAUGAUCAUCAUUAUGUUUGGAGGAAAAAUGGGCAGGCUUGCAAGCCGAAGACCACCAUCCCAACCGUGAAGAACGGAGGUGGCAGCAUCAUGCUGUGGGGGUGCUUUGCUGCAGGAGAGACUGGUGCACUUCACAAAAUAGAUGGCAUCAUGAGGAAGGAAAAUCAGUCAGGAAGUUAAAGCUUGAUCGCAAAUGGGUCUUCCAAAUGGACAAUGACCCCAAGCAUACUUCCAAAGUUGUGGCAAAAUGGCUUAAGGACAACAAAGUCAAGGUAUUGGAGUGGCCAUCACAAAGCCCUGACCUCAAGCCUAUAGAACAUUUGUGGGCAGAACUGAAAAAGCGUGUGCGAGCAAGGAGGCCUACAAACCUGACUCAGUUACACCAGCUCUGUCAGGAUGAAUGGACCAAAAUUCCCCCAACCUAUUGUGGGAAGCUUGUGAAACCCGAAACGUUUGACCCAAGUCAAACAAUUUAAAGGCAAUGCUACCAAAUACUAAUUGAGUGCAUGUAAACUUCUGACCCACUGGGAAUGUGAUGAAAGAAAUAAAAGCUGAAAUAAGUCAUUCUCUCUACUAUUAUUGACAUUUUACAUUCUUAAAAUAAAGUGGUGAUCCUAACUGACCUAAGACAGGGAAUGUUUACUUGGAUUAAAUGUCAGGAAUUGUGAAAAACUGAGUUUAAAUGUAUUUGGCUAAGGUGUAUGUAAACUUCCGACUUCAACUGUAUAUCCAAAUCAUGUUUAUUUGUCACAAUCUAAUCUACAUGGGAGUGUACAAUAUAUAAUGCCAACUCAAACAGAGGACUGGGUAUUCAGCAAGAAUGUUAUAUGGUAAAAGUAACAUACCAAAAAAACCAGUAUGAACAGUGUAGUACAGUUCAGUGUGUUUGAGUGUGUCUCAGGUGUAGUAAAGUGCGGAGAACUGUAGCUACAGAUUGUUACAACUGAUUUUUGGUAUCCAUCACUGGGAUUUACAGGAUAGGUACUGUUUGGUGUAGCACAGGGAAUUUUCGAGAAACCUUGGCGAUGCUGUCUUCGUCCUUGAUUCGUGGAAACAGGACUCUCAAAAUGUCCGUGUUCAGUUGCAGGGUGUCCAUUUGAAUUUAGAAAUUGCUCCAUUAUUAAAAUCAAUAUUUUUCAAAUCGUAUUGUAUUUGUCACAUGCGCCGAAUACAACAGGUGUAGACCUUACUGUGAAAUGCUUACGAGCCCUUAACUAACAAUGCAGAGUUUUUAAAAAAAAGUCUGAAAAAUGUGCUAAAUAAACUAAAGGAAAAAUAGUAACACAAUAAAAUAAUAGGAAAUAAUAAUUGAUCGAGACAGGUGCAUGUCCACCCCAAAGUGCUGCAUGUCACGAUGACAGACACCAGUCUCGAUCAAUGAGAGAGUACUUGAAAUAGACGAUGGCGGCGUACACAUUGUUGGAUUACUUGAUGGAGCAAAAAAAGUAUUUACUUUAAUAACUGAGCAUUUUCUAAAUUCAAACUGACCCCCUGCAACUGGACAUGGACAUUUUAUGAGACUCCUGUUUCCACGAAUUGAGGACGAAGACAGCAAGGUUGGUCGAAAAUUCUGUGCUACACCAAACGGUACCUAUUCUGUAACUCCCAGUAAUGGAGACCAACAUGUUUUGGUUAAAUCACAUUAUCUGGUGUAACAAUCUGUAGCUAAGAGAACUGGGGAUCAGCAGAUGAUGGUAGAGGUGGUCAUGAUGAAAUUUCCAUUCCAAAGAAACAUACAGUAACUUCAGGGAACACUUGUAGGAGGAGUGUUGUCAUGAUCAAACUGCCAUUCAGCUCCUCUUGAGUCAUCUGUUUGAAAUCAGGCAUAAUUUCCAAUCCAUCAAGAGGGAUACAGUUCACAGGAUACAGUUUUUCUACAAUGACACACACAGGCAAAGGAAAUAUGUUUCUCUCCAAGAAUCCACUCCAGGAGGAAGCCCAGGCACCACACAGUAUUGUCUGUAAGACAAAAAUUUAUAAUAAAUUACACUCCAGUGCACAAUUUGAACGACAGUUGAACUGUGCCAGCAUAACAACAUUAGGGUAGACUAGUUGAACGUGCAUAGGCACAGAGAUUACAUUUAGAAUAUCUAGCCUAAUAUAAAUAAAUAUGGCGUAACCCUCAACCUUUGCACAGUGACCAGACCGUACAAUGUACCUAAGUAGGUAGGCAGACAGUAUCAAGCUACAGCCAUGUCUAACAGGCAUGCUUAGGCAAAUAUCUGCACAGUAAAACCAGCUUAUCAGUUUUAGAGAUUUCCAACAGUUAAAUGAUUGUAUUGUUUCGCCUCACUGUUAGCUAGCUAGUAAAGCUAGCUUGCUGGAUAUCUAAUCAUUGUUAUUUACAUCUGUUUGGAAUCCUAUCUUGCAUCAUGCCUAUAAUUGUGUGAUUAUAAAAUGCAUCCACGGUCAUAAUCAUAACCAAUGUCAACCCUCGUCAAUUAUGUUACAUAGCUAGCUAGUAAAACUAUUUACAGUUGCUGAUGUUACACGUUUGCUAAAAAGUUACAAAUGGGAGGCCUGGGGCAUAGUAACAUGUUAGCAGGUGCCAGGCUAACUAGCUAGCCAACUCCAGUCAUGUGCUAACAUUUGCUGGUAAACCUAGCUUUAGGUGGCUGGUUGUAACGUUAUAGCUUGCUGUUUAGUAGCCAUAUCUACGACUAAGUCAUAGAUAUGGCUACCUGUAGUUGUUUAGCUAAUUUAGCUAUCUAGAUUAGCUAGGUACCUACCUACCUAAGUUAGCAAACAUAAAAAUAAUUCGAUUUCCCCCCACUGUAACACAGUAGUAUGUUAGCUAGCAACACACAAUAUGGGUUUCAGUAGAUAAACUAAAGUUAAUUUGUCAGCUUGUAUAUUUAGCAAUGAAUCCACUGAUAGGAACAUCACUGAAAGACGUCCAAUAGCUCUAUCGAACAAGGACAACCAUAUCUACACGCACAAUGUCAUGAUGAAAACAAGCCCAGAUUCCCCCAGGGUGAAAUUGCACUUUAAGGGUGUUCAGUGCAAAGUGCUUGUCAGGAGAUGACAAGCAACUUAUUUCAAAAGGUCAAGGGCAUCAUGUGAGUCACAACGGUCAACACAGAUUUUGUCCACUUUACCUCUGGUGGCCAUUUCCUAGUCUUGCUGCAAAUUGGUUCUUGGUGAAAUUGGAUAGUUUUCACCGCUCUGAGAAUACAGACCCUUGCACAGUAUCCUAUUUCAAUGUUAUGAUGUCUAACUCAUAAUUGUGCAUUAUUGUGAAGCUAUCCAUGUGCAUAGUGUUUUUUCAAGUAUAUUUUUUAAGGGAUUUUCAUAUUUUAUUGAAAAUAUGGUGAGAGAGGUUGUGUCAAAGGGAAGUUGGCCUGAUUCAAACCUAUGCAGACACUGUAGAUAUGUGUGUCAAAUGCUGCACCAGUACUGCUAGACCAACUAGGCCACUUUAUGUGCAUAAUGUUUGACUUCUUAAAUCAUGUGGAACUGACCACUGAGUCACAGCCUUGCCAUGGACUGAUUAACUUUUGUGUGUGUGGGGGGGGGGGGGGUGCUUAUAUGAUGUCUGUAUGUUUUUAACCUAUGGUAUUCUAUGUAGAUGCAACAGCACAUUUUAAUGUACAAAUUUCCCCUCAGGGACAAUAAAGUAAAUCCUAAUCCUACCUCUCCCCGCUACACCAGAUGAGGCGUGGGUGGGCGUCUACACAGUGAAGGACUGCUACCCCGUCCAGGAGACCUACACCAGGAACAGCAGCGUCACUACCUCUACCCGCUUCUUUGACCUCCAGUUGGGCAUCAGCGACCCGGAAGUGUUCACACCGCCCAGCAGCUGCGAGUCGGCCCGCCCGGAGAGGAUGGACUCCGACUGCUGA